AUGGUGUGUAGAACUCAGAAGCUUAACAAUGGACAUGAGAUUCCUACUGUCGGCCUUGGAACAUGGGGGCUAGAGGACGAAUCAUCUCUUGAAGCCUCGAUAAGAAAUGCAAUUAGCUUGGGGUACAGGCAUAUCGACACCGCCUUUAUAUAUGGCAAUGAGAAAAUGAUAGGAAACAUUCUGAAAAAGCUGUUCAAUGAAGGAGUAGUACAAAGAAAGGACCUAUUCAUAACAUCAAAGCUUUGGAAUACAUUCCAUCAUUGCCCGGAAGAUGCCUUAAGACAGACAUUGGAUGAUCUUCAGACAAGUUAUGUGGAUCUGUAUCUUAUUCACUGGCCAGUAACAUUUGAGCCCGCACCCAACGGUAGUGUGGAGUCUUGUGGUAAAAAGUACAACAUCGGAGAGUUUGAUGCAGUCUCAGUGUGGAAGAAGAUGGAGGAACUUGUUGAUCUUGGAUUGGCAAAGUCGAUUGGAAUAUCCAACUUCGGCAAGGAAAAUACUGAAAAGGUACUUAAAGCCUGUCGAAUUCGUCCGGCGGUUUCCCAAUUCGAACUCCAUCCAUACUUAAAUCAGAAGGAGCUUGUGGAAUUCAUGCAAUCCGAGAAGAUCCAAGUAAUUAGCUACUCGUCUCUCGGGUCAGGUCAUGAUUCAUCUCAGAAGGUUAGAGAAGACAAGACCAUCAAGGCCAUAGCCAAGAAAUACGAAUGCACCCCAUCCCAAAUAAUACUUAGCUACAUUGUCUCACGAAACAUCUGUGUAAUUCCAAGAAGCAAGUCUAAGGAGCACUUGAAAGAGAAUAUCGAUCUGAAGGAAUUAGCAAAGGAAGACAUUUCUAUUAUCGAUGGUCUCGACAUCGGCCAUAGAUAUGUCGACCCUGUGAGCUUUGGGCCUAACCGAUUCAAAUAA